UUCUCCCAGUGGGGACAAGGUGGGUGUGAGCCACCAAAGGGGAGUUUCAAGGGUGUUGUCGAAGGUGGAAGGGGAGCGGGGGCAACAGGGGGGCGGUUCACAGGGACGAAACAGCCACACAAAGAAGUCCUGGCCGCGGCAGUUUCAAAAAUACCAAGGAAGUUGAUCUGGGCUCUGGCCCAAGAAGUGACGAGGCUGGGAGAGGGAGGAGAAGGAGAGUGAGGCACGGGAAGCCUGGAUCACACACUUGGAGUCUGGAUGUCUAGUGGGAAAGAGGGUGACUCCUAGCUGAUGGGUGAGCGGGGAGGAAUGGUUAGAGAGAACAGCUGUGGCAGCUCCAGGCCCUAGGCAGCAAAUGCCAGUGGGGAGGAGUCACCGCGGGCUACUAUUCUAACCUGGGGCAUGAACUAAAACCCUCAAAGCCCAGGCCUUUGAGGAAGCCCUGAGAGAGGUCCAGAGGCUAAGGAUGAGUCCAGAAAGCUAAUCCCUUCCUCACUGGAGCCCUUAGGUUGAGAGGGGCACUAAGAUGCUUUGUAUAGUGCUGUAGGGGGUCACCUGCCAUCCUGUCUCGGGCCACCAAAGCUACCCCCUCCCAGGUCAUUCCAAGAAGCAUCUGAAGCUCCCCAAGAGCCCCUUGCACCACCUUCCACCUCUGGCUCCUGCCUUACAACAAGACCAUGAAAGACCCAUUCAGGGGCAAGGGAAGAAGGGCAAUGACUCCAGUUAAGACAAAGAAACCUGUCUUCUUCCUGGCUUCUACCUCCUAUUUGAUGAGAAUGAGGACCACUGGAGGCGACGGAGAAGCCUUAUGUGUAGCAGAAGAGGAACCUGUUGGAGAAGAGGAGGAAAUGCCAGCAUUCCCAUGCACCCAGAAUGGCCCAGCAGGGCCCAGCUGUAGCCGCUGUCAGAAGAACCUGUCCCUGCACACAUCCGUGAGAAUUCUGUACCUCUUCUUGGCCCUCCUGCUAGUGGCUGUGGCAGUGCUGGCUUCACUGGUGUUUAAGAAGGUUGACUCUCUCUCAGAAGACAUCACCAUCACCCAGUCAAACUAUGAGAAGAAGAUAGUCUCUGUGCAGGAAAACCUCCAGGAGCUAGAUCAGAAAGCCCUGGGCAAUUGCUCCUUCUGCCAUGACACGGGACAAGAGAUCCACAAACUUCAGCAGGAGCUAGAGGAAAUCCAGAAGAUGCUUCUAGUCCAGGAGAUUCAGUUGGAUCAGACGUCCCAGACCCAUCAGCAGCUCUUCUCGGCCAGCAACCAAAUCACGGCUGUGGUAGACAGCUGCUCCUUCUCCAUCCACCAGGUCAACCAGACUCUGGGGCAGUUCCUGGCCCAGGUGAGGGGCUGGCAGGCCGCCAUGGCUGGACUGGACUUUUUGCUAAAGGGCCUGACACAGGACUGCUAUGAUGUCAGGGCAGCCGUACAGCAGAUCAAUUUCACAGUGGGGCAGACCUCAGACUGGGUCCACAUGAUCCAGCGCAAGACGGAAGAAGAGACCUUGACCCUGCAGAAAAUGGUCAGUGAGUGGCAGAACUACACCCGGCUCUUUGGUGGCCUGCGGGCCACCUCAGCCAAAACUGGGGAACUAGUCAAGAGCGUACAGACCAGCCUCAGUACCGCCUCCCAGCGCAUCAACCAAAAUUCUGAGGGCAUCCAUGACUUGGUGUUGCAGGUGAUGGGCCUGCAGCUGCAGCUGGACAAUGUCUCAUCCUUCCUGGAUGACCACGAGGAGAAUAUGCAUGACCUGCAGUACCAUACGCGCUAUGCCCAGAACCGGACUGUGGAACGUUUCGAGACCCUGGAAGGUCGUAUGACUUCACACGAGAUCGAGAUAAACACCAUUUUCACCAAUAUCAAUGCCACAGACAACCACGUACAUAGUAUGCUCAAGUACCUGGACGAUGUGCGGCUGUCCUGCACGCUGGGCUUCCACACCCAUGCCGAGGAGCUCUACUACCUCAAUAAGUCUGUCUCUGUCAUGCUGAGCACCACGGACUUGCUGAGGGAGCACUUCAGCCUGCUCCGUGCCCGGCUGGACUUUGACAUCCAGAACCUCUCAAUGGUCAUGGAGGAAAUGAAGGCCGUGGAUGUCCGGCAUGGAGCCAUCCUCCAGAACGUCACCAUCCUAAGAGGCAUCCCUGGACCUCCAGGACCAAGAGGACUCAAAGGCGAUGUGGGCGCAAAGGGACCCUAUGGAAGCAGGGGUCCCAAAGGAGACAAUGGUACUAUGGGCCCCCCUGGCCCCCAAGGCCCUCAGGGUCAGCCUGGUAAAGCAGGGCCAGCAGGUGAAAGGGGACCCAGUGGCCUCAAAGGUUUCCCAGGCCUUAAAGGAUCUAAAGGCAGCUUUGGAUCAGCAGGACUAAAAGGACAGCCAGGCCCCAAGGGUGAUAUGGGACUCCAGGGGCCAGAGGGACCCCCAGGUUCUCCAGGUCCACCAGGACCCCAGGGCAAGCCAGGGAUUGCCGGAAAGACAGGGUCACCAGGUCAGGUUGGGCCCAUGGGUCCAAAGGGUGAGCCUGGCAUACAGGGUCCCCCUGGUCUUCCGGGGCCUCCAGGGCUACCAGGAAACCAGAGCCCCUACUGAACAAAGUCCACUUCCUAGAAAUGCUGCCACACAAAAGUUCUGGGGAAAGGGACUGCCCAAAGCAGCCCAGGGGCCUGUCAAGGAAGAAGCAUCUCCCCAAAGACAACUGCGCCUCCUUCAUCUCCACUAGGAUUCCUCCUGGAUCUGACCUGUCCAUUUCCAGCUUUCAAAGGACUUCUGCUUGCUGCUUUGACUAGAACCAAUAGGGAUCCUGGAACCCUACCUAUCCUUGUCCCCAAAGGCUGCUGCCAUAGUCCCCAAUCCUAAAUUAAUGGGACUAAACUUUUUAGUUCUUAGGGGGAAGAUGGCAAUGGGGAUGAUGAUUAUGGUGGUAGUGGUGGUUGUGGCGGUCAUGAUCAUGGUGAUGAUUGUGGUGGUGAUUGAUGAUAAAGAAGCAGCAACAUCUUC